AUGGGGGAAAUCAAAAAGAAAGAACAGUUAAAAAGAAGAGGUGUCCAGGGUCCGAAUCCAUUUGUUCAUUGUGCAUCAGAUGUUUCAAUUCUUCGUUUACUUUGCCCAUGUGGCCUUCUCCUUCUUCUCUGUAUCUUCCUCGUCCAUCGCGAAUUCGUUCUUGUCGACAACCUUGAGUUGAGCACGGAAAUCGACUUUGGCGGUCUCCUUCUUCUUCAGUUUGUCGAACUUUCCUUCGGUCUUCGACACCUUCUUCAAUGUUGGUUUUACGCUGAAAAUGUGAUUUUAUAUGAGGGAUAUAGAGGGGAAUCCCUUGUUUAG